CACUAACAACAAACAAAAGAUCGGGGUUCCCUCUGCUGCUGUCUUUGCUUUUAGAUAAUUACGUUUCUCCCAUCGGCUGCAUGUCGUCCUAAAAAUCAAGGAUAACAUUUCGGGAUGUCUGUCCUGUCUUUGUGAGCUGCCGUUUCGGUGUAUUUACGUGAUUAAUUAUCUUGAGCGUCUUGCUAACUCUAUCAGAGGCUGUUUGUGGCUAAUCACCGUUAGCUGGCCGGCUAAGCCACCAGAUCCGAAUAAAACAAGCCCCAAAUCUCUGCGUCUCUCCUCCUGCGGUGUCUGACAGUGGUCGCGUUUGUCACUGGACACUGUUAGAAAGCUGUCCAGCUAAAGAUAGCUGGCAAGCUGUUGGUAUCGAGGGCAGGAAUUGGAUCGCGAUGUCAGGACCGUCAUCGGGCUGUGGGUUUCUGAUGUCGGUUGUCGUCCACGGAGACUUGGCUCUCAACGAGCAGGAAAAAGAACUCAAUCAGCGGCUCAGACGUCUUUAUCCGGCCGUCAACGAGCAGGAGACCCCGCUGCCCAGAUCGUGGAGCCCCAAAGACAAGUUCAGCUACAUCGGCCUGUCUCAGAACAACCUCCGGGUGCAUUAUAAGGGUCAUGGAAAGACACCUAAAGAUGCAGCAUCUGUCCGUGCAACACACCCCAUUCCAGCUGCCUGUGGGGUCUACUACUUUGAGGUGAAAAUCAUCAGUAAAGGACGAGAUGGGUAUAUGGGGAUUGGCCUGUCAGCUCAAGGUGUAAACAUGAACAGACUCCCAGGUUGGGACAAACACUCAUAUGGUUACCAUGGAGAUGAUGGCCACUCCUUCUGCUCUUCCGGUACUGGACAGCCCUAUGGUCCAACAUUUACAACAGGCGAUGUGAUUGGCUGCUGUGUUAACCUCAUCAACAAUACUUGUUUCUACACAAAAAAUGGCCACAGUCUAGGCAUAGCCUUUACAGAUUUACCGCCUAACCUGUACCCUACAGUGGGUCUACAGACCCCAGGGGAGGUCGUGGAUGCCAACUUUGGGCAGCACCCCUUUGUCUUUGAUAUUGAGGAUUACAUGCGUGAAUGGAGAACUAAGAUUCAGUCCCAGAUUGACCGUUUCCCCAUUGGCGAGAGAGAGGGAGAAUGGCAGGCCAUGAUUCAGAAGAUGGUGGCCUCUUAUCUGGUUCACCACAGCUACUGUGCCACUGCUGAAGCCUUUGCCAAAUCAACUGACCAGGCCGUGCAUGAGGAACUCGCUUCUAUCAAAAAUAGACAGAAGAUCCAGAAGCUGGUCCUGUCUGGCAGAAUGGGAGAGGCUAUAGAGACCACUCAGCAACUUUACCCCAACCUGUUAGAGAAAAGCCCAGACCUCCUAUUUAUGUUGAAAGUCAGGCAGUUUAUUGAGAUGGUGAAUGGGACUGACAGUGAGGUCAGGUGUCUGGGUGGAAGAAGCCCCAAAUCACAGGAUAGUUACCCAGGCUCCCCCCGCCUCUUCAGCAGUCCAGCCCACAAAGCCAGCAGCUCCCAGGCCAACCAGACAGGUUUUGAUCGUAAUUACUGUAAUGGAGUUUUAUCAAGUAAAGGACACAACUCUGCCCAUAUUCACAAGUCAUCACCCCCUACCCUGCCAAGCACCGAUCUUGGUGUCCUAAAUGGCAGUCGGGGCCAGCAGACCAACUCUAGCACUGAGGUGGAGAUGGAGGUUGAUCACUGUUCAAACGGUGUGUCCGAGUCCUCAAAUGGAUUUCUGAAUGGCAGCUCUACACAUGAGACUGAGCUGGAGGACUGCGAUGCAAAUAUGGAGGUGGACAGCACUCAAUCUAAGAGACAGUUGUGCGGGGGGAGCCAGGCAGCCAUCGAGAGAAUGAUCCAGUUUGGACGAGAACUACAGAGCAUGAGUGAACACCUGCGUCGUGAACAGGGCAAAAACUCAGCCAAUAAGAAGAUGCUCAAGGAUGCGUUCAGUUUGCUGGCAUAUUCAGAUCCAUGGAACAGCCCUGUGGGCUACCAGCUGGACUCCAUCCAGAGAGAGCCUGUCUGCUCUACACUCAACAGUGCAAUAUUAGAGACUCACAAUCUGCCAAAGCAGCCUCCCUUGGCACUUGCCGUCGGCCAGGCAUCUCAAAGUCUGUCCCUCAUGGCUCGCACAGGCACUGGAUCCUGCGCCUUUGCAUCAGUAGAUGAUUACCUGCACUAACCCCUGGAGAAUCAUCCCACAAAUAACCACGUGAAAGAGGCCAACAUAAUCCUAGCCCAUCCCAGACUCCUGAAACCUGGGGCCCAGCUUUUAAACCAUGGCCUGAUGAACUGAGCCUCCACAUGGCCAGACCCAUCCUGGCUCUCUGAUAGACUGGAUCCUCUUCACCCAGGCUAAAGGUCUAAAGACACAUUAGGAGAGGGAUCCUUCACAGUCAGAUAAAAUCCCAAAUCAUUAUGGUCUUUUUUUUUUUUUUCUUUGUCUUUUUUUAUUUUGUGGGAGGCGCAGCAGGCUGAUUUGUUUGUUUCCUUAUUUACAAGGCAUGAGGAAAAUUCUUAUGACAUUAUUGACAUGUUAUUAUCAGUAAAAUUGCAUAUAAGAUAUACUUGUUCUUGGUUGAAAGCUGGCAGAGUGAGCAAGACCGAAUUACUAAGGUCCCACUGCGGUAAACCCUGCUAUUUUCAAGUCUCAGUUUGUGUACUUCACCAUAAAAAAAAAUAUUAAAAAAAUCUAUUAAAAUUAUAUUAACAAGAUGAGUGAAACAUUUAGUUAUCUUUAAAAAAAAUAAA